GACGCUCUCCGUCUCAUCGACCACCUCCGCCUUCGCGGCUUCCAUCCGGACUCCAUCAAUCUAUCCAGCAUCAUCCAUGGCCUGUGCGCCGUCGGCCGCUCCGACGAGGCUCACCGCCGCCUCCUCUUCUCCUUCACAUCCGGUAUUGUUCCCGAUGAUCGCACGGCCAACGUUCUCCUCGCUCGUCUUCUGGACGCCUGCACACCUCGCCUUACCCUCUCCGUUCUCUGUCAACUGCUUCUCGCUAAGCCCGCUUUCGUUCCUUCUCUUACCAAUUACAACCGCCUCAUCGACCAGUUUUGUUCUCUUUUAGAUCCCUUCGAAGCCCAUAGUCUCGUUCUUGACAUGAUUGCUCGUGGCCGCUACCCUAGUACGGUGACAUACACUGCCCUUAUUGAUGGAUUUGGUCGGGUUGGUCUUUUGGAUGAUGCACGGAGGGUGUUUGAUGAAAUGUUGCAGAGAAAGAUUCAGCCAAAUUCACUUACUUACAGUGUUUUCAUCAGGUGGUUGAUGAGAAAGAAGAGAGUGCAGGAAGGAAAGGAGAUGAUGGAAAGGCUGUGGAUAAGAAUGCAACAAGAGGACGACGGAGCGGUCCAUAGUGCUGCUUUUGCGAAUCUGAUUGAUUCCUUAUGUUUGGAAGGGUUUUUCCACGAGGUGUUUAGGAUAGCAGAGGAGAUGCCACAGAAGAAGUGGGUUUGUGAGGAAUUUGCUUAUGGGCAAAUGGUGGAUUCUUUAUGCAAGUUUGGGAAGCAUCAUGGGGCUUCAAGGAUUAUCUACAUAAUGAGGAAGAGGGGUUUCAUUCCUAGUAUGGUUUCAUAUAACAGUAUUGUUCAUGGCUUGAGCAACCAAAGGGGUUGCAUGAGGGCUUACCAGCUUUUCAGAGAAGGGAUUGAAUUUGGUUAUUCUCCCUCAGAGCCAACUUAUAAAGUGCUUGUUGAGGCUCUAUGCCAGGAGAAAGAUCUCCUCAAGGCUAACAAUGUUGCAGAGUUUAUGUUAGAGAUCAAAGGGGCUGAUAAAAUUCGAAUAUACAAUAUAUUUCUGAGUGCACUUCGCCUUGCAGAUAAUCCAAGUGAACAGCUGAAUGUUCUGGUAUCAAUGCUUCAGAAACAAUGCCAUCCUGAUGUUGUUACACUCAACACUGUCAUCCAUGGUUUCUGCAAGAUUGGUAGGGUUGAUGAAGCUAUGAAGAUAUUGGGUGAUAUGAUGGAGGGGAAAUUCUGCUCUCCUGAUGUUGUGAGCUUCACUACUGCUAUUACUGGCCUUAUUGAUGUUGGUAGGUUUGAAGAAGCAUUGCAUUUUAUGCACAAAGUAAUGCCUGAGCACCAUUGUACUCCUAAUAUAGUGACAUAUAACACAGUUCUCCGUGGAUUGUUUAAACUUGGAAAGGUGGAGAAAUCAAUGGAGAUUUUCCAUGAAAUGGUGGGCAAGGGGUUACAAGCUGAUUGUAUGACUUAUACUGUAAUUAUUGAAGGACUUUGUCAAGCUGGUCAGCUUGAGCAGGCAAAGAAGUUUUGGGAUGAAACAGUUUGGCCUUCGAAUGUGCACGAUGACUAUGUUUAUGCUGCGAUAAUGAGAGGUUUGUGCAAGUUGGGCAAGCUAGACGUGGCUUGUGAUUUCUUGUAUGAGUUGGUGGACUGUGGGGUUUCUCCAGGGACUGUGAAUUAUAAUAUUUUAAUUGACAGUGCUUGCAAGCAGGGAAUGAAAAAACUGGCUUAUCAGAUUGUGGGUGAGAUGAGGAAGAAUGGAUUGAAACUGGAUUCGGUAACUUGGAGGAUUUUAAACAAGCUACAUGAGAGGGAAAGCACAAUUAUUCCUAAUACCUAUCAAGAAAUGAGUGGAACUGGGAAGGAAGGAUCUUCAAUGUCAUUGGGGCUUAUAAUUGAUGAAAAGAAAGAAUGCAUCAACGAGAAUGAUGGAGAGCAUGGCGAACAAUUAGUAGGUCUUGUGGAUUAUUCCUUAACUUCUAAAUUCAUUCAAGUUGAUGAGAUUGAUGAAGUUUGCUCAUCUCCGGUGGAAACUAGUCUGCAUGGCUCUAUCAAUGAGAUUAAGAUGAUAGGGAAAAGGCAAAAAGAACCAUUGUCAAAGCUUGCGAGGAGGGUGUUUGGACUACUAUAAAUUGAUCACUAAGCGAAUUGAGAAGUAUUAGCUACCAAUGUUUUGAAAGCUCUGCUCCUUCAAUGCUUUCAAUGUCCUAAAAGAUUAAGGAGAAUGCUUCAAGAUGGGAUCAAUCAUGAAUGUAGCAGUUUGUAUUAUUCAAAACAUGGCAAAUUAAACCAAAGAAAAAAAAAAGAAAUAAAAAUAGCUGGAAAUUAGCUAGUGCUGUGGAAUCCUUCUAUGAACAUUCAAACAUCAUACAGCUAUGUUCCUUGUGUUUUUGUGGUCGCGCCUAUUGUGGGGCUACAAGAAGGCACACAUUGCCUUUGGAGUUUUUGAUCCCAUUUAUCCAAGCACAUAACUCUAGGGCUCCUACCCGCUAUGAUGAUGUUUGAGUUUGAAGCCGGUCGCUAAUGCCGUGACAGAAAAAACUGCCUCUUUGUUCGUUGGAUCUGGAUUGCAGUUUAGUGAUGGAAAGCUUGAGGAAGCUCUGGUUGCAGAAUCAAGAACAGGUUUCACAUGGUAUCAGAGCAUUUCUCCUGAGAGAUUUAUCAAGGUUUUUUCCUCAUCUUCUUGCAAGCCUCUUUCCUCCUCUUCCUUCAGAUUCCUGCGUGAGCUUGUAAAGAUUAUCAUCAAAUUCAGUUUCUUCUUCUUUUUCGGCCUUCAAACAACAUGGAUUGGUCUUCUCAAACCAGUUUUCCAACCCAAAUGCUCAGCAAUCAUCCUAUCUCUCCCUUUCUGAAAUUUCUACCCAGAAAUAUCAAAUCCAUGGCAUCAACUCAGCUCACAGAUUUGGAGUGCGCAAGUGGUGAAACUCUUUCAAGCCAACGGUUUUGAAUCAUUCCUAAAUGUAGAUGCAGUUUGUCCUUCACAAUGCCAUCAGUAAUCAAGAUUAUAUUCUUUGGAAGUAGACUGAUGAAAAUCUCUCUUCAGCCUUGUAGACAACUAUUUCACACAGCAUUCUGUGCUACAUCUUGAUGCUACGGCAGACAUGAAAAACUCUGCUAAGAAGGCUGCAGUCCUCAAAUCGAUCGCUUGUGAUACAACUCAAGACUGAGUUGCAUCAUAUCUCCAUGGGGAGUCACUCGAUGACUCAAUAUCUCACUUAGAUUAAGAAGGUUGUGGAUCAAAUUACUGCAGCUGGAUCUAAAGUUGACACUGAAGGCAUUAUCUUUUAUGCACUUAAUGGCAUACUAUCCACUUAUAACUCUUUUUAGAUUGCUAUCUGAACCAGCCUUUUAUCGAUUCAAUUGGAUGAUCUAUAUUCACUUCUAUGUAGCGAGAAGUGAAUGUUUAAGCAGAAUUAGCAAAAGAGCAAUCAACGGCCCAACUUGCAUUGAUCUUCAGUAAAACCUAUACAAAUCAAUCCAAUCAAAGGUUCAAAGGAAGACGGCCCUUCAAGAAAUUCAAAAGAAAUGAUUCAAUUAGCUCAAAUCAGAACAAUGAAACUACAAACAGGCCUCACAAUCAAUGUCAGAUAUGUGAUAAAUACGGGCAUUCAGCCAAAAAUGUGUUCGAAUCGCACAAACUUAGACUGCAAUCCUACAACUGCCAGAAACAAUUCUUCAAAAGCCUUCAUAGCAACCGAUGACAACAACUCAAAUGACUGGAUUUUGGAAGGUGGAGCUUCUUCUCACAUGACUAAUCAUUUUACCAAUGUUCAAAAUUCUCAAACCUAUACUGGUAAUGAGCAGAUUACUGUUGGAAAUGCUGAGAAAAUUCCUAUAACUUAUACAGGUAAAGGAAUUCUUCCUACUCCAAAGUGUAAGCUUUAACUUUCUCGUUUGUUACAUACACCCAAUUCAGCAUUCAAUUUACUAUCGGUACAAAAGUUGGCUAAAGAUAAUGAUUGCAUAAUAUCAUUUCAUUCAGCCGGUUAUUAGAUUCAGGAUAAGAAAACUCAUCUAAUCAUCCUUGAGGGAAGAAGCACCAAUGGUCUCUACAAAGUGCAACAAGUUACAGCACUACCGACCAUCCUUCAAUUAUCCAUAUGGCAUCAUCAAAGGCUCGGGCAUCCCAUGAAGCUGCUAUUAGAAGCGUCUCUAGUACCAAAAAGUAACUCAACAUUUACACUUCUAGUGUAAAAUGUAAUUCAUGCUUUGCUUCUAAAAGUCAUAAAAUGCCUUUUACUAGGACUACUACUCCAUCCACAUCACUUUUUCAAUUGAUUCAUAGUGAUGUUUGGGGACUUUCUCCAGUGUUAUCAAAUGCAAGUCAAAGAUAAUAUAUCAUUUUCAUAGGUGACUAUACCAAAUUUACUUGGUUGUUUACUAUGUUACACAAAAAACGAGUCACUGGUUAAAUUCAUAUAUUUUCAGAAAAUGUUGAAAAAUCAAUUUCAAACAAAUAUUAAGAUAUUUCGACCUGACAAUGGAGGAGAGUGCCUAUCUUCUAAUUUCAAAACCCAUCUUUUCAACCCUGAUGUACAACAAAAAUUGAGCUGUCCAAAUUCUCCUCAAUAAAAUGGUAUUGCUGAAAAGGAAACAUGGACACAUAGCUGAAACUAUGCACACUUUACUUUUGGAAGCAAAAUUACCACACAACUCCUGGAUAGAUGCAGCCUUAACAGCAGUUUACCUUGUAAAUAGACUGCCAUCCAGAAACACUUAAUCCUACUUGCACAUUUUUUAUUAAUCGCCUCGUAGUCCGGUCAACUAUGGCCCUUGUUGGCUCGGCUCUUAUGAUUUCGCAUGGUCGGUCAAAUGGGC